AGUGUUAAUGAACGCGUGAAAACAUUGAUUAGUUGUAUCGAAUAUGGUGUACACGGAAACGUACCUGAAAGACAAGCUCAUCAAGGAAUUGGACGCCGUUCACGUCGAGGUGGUGGACGAGAGCGACGGCUGGGGCGCCAAGUUCGCGGCGCUCAUCGUGUCCGACAAGUUCCAGGGCAAGCCGCUGCUGCAGAGGCACAGGCUGGUGAACGCGGUGCUGCGCGAGGAGCUGAAGUCCAUCCACGCGUUCACGCAGCGCACGCUGACGGCGGAGCAGUGGCGGGCGCAGCGCGCGUGAGCGGCGCCGCGCGCUGCCGGGCGGCGGCCGCGUCGGCGCCGGGCAAGGUGAUCCUGCACGGCGAGCACUCCGUCAUGUUCGGCCGCACGGCGCUCGCCGGCAGCCUCGGCCUGCGCACCACGCUCACUAUCCAGGAGGAGGAGGCGGCCGAGCCGGUCCUGCGCCUGCAGUUCCCGGCCGUCGACCUGGAGGAGAGCAUCCCGCUGCGGUGCGUGGUGGAGCACCUGUUCGUGGGCGCUCGGAGCGCGCGCUCGUGGGCGGCGCCGCGCGCGGUGCAGCACGAGAGCCUGCUGGCGGCGGUGGACGGCUUCGUGACGGCGUUCGUGGCGAGCGCGGACGCGUGGAGCGGUGCGCAGCGCAACGCCGUGCGCGGCUUCCUGUACCUGCUGGCGGGCGUGCUGGGUGACGAGGCACCCGCUCAUACCGUGUGCGUGCGCGCCACGAGCGCGUUGGCGGUGGGCGCGGGCGCGGGCAGCUCGGCGGCGUUCGCGGUGUGUGCGGCGGCCGCGCUGCUGGCGCUGCGCGCGGGCGCGGCGGUGGAGGCGCUCGGCGCCGAUGAACGCGCGCUGAUAUCGGCGUGGGCGUUCAACUGCGAGAGGAUCAUGCACGGCGCGCCCUCCGGCAUCGACAACUGGACGUGCACGUUCGGGGGGCUGGUGUCGUUCCGCAAGGGCUCCGCGGCGCGCCCGCUGCAGCUGGCGGCGCGCCUGCGCGUGCUGCUGGUGGACACGCGCGUCAGUCGGCAGACCGGGCAGCUGGCGGCGCGCGUGGCGGCGCUGCGCGCGCGGCACCCGCGCGCCGCGGACUGCGUCAUCGACGCGUGCGGACACGUCGCCGACGACGCCGCGCAGCUCUUACAACAGCUGCCCGGCGACGCUGCAGGCGACGCUGCAGACGACGCUGUAGGCGACACUGACUCUCAGUAUCGACAUCUGGCUGAGCUGUGGGACAUGAACCACUGCCUGCUGGCCGCGCUGGGCGUAUCGCACGCCGCGCUGGAGGACAUCCGCCGCAGAGCCGCCGCGCACCGCCUCGCAGCCAAGCUCACCGGCGCCGGCGGCGGCGGCAACGCCAUCGUGCUGAUCCCGCCGUCUACUGCGGAGGACGCGGUGCGCGCGCUGAGCGACGAGCUGCGCAGUGCGGGCUACGGCGUCACCGACACGCUGCUGGGCGGCGAAGGCGUCACCCUACACCGCGCCUGACGCGCCCCGCGCCCCGCGCCCCGCGCCCGCGCCUCACGCCCGAACGCAACCUACCACAUUAGCGUCCUCUGACCUCGAACGUGUAGCUGUAGAUAUUUAUUAAUUAUUUUAUUCCCCACGGCGAUAAACAUAAGUGCGAGUUAACUUCCCGCUAGCGCCAUCUAGUAAGAGGAUGAUACACUAAACAAUUAAAAUUGACUAGAUGGUCGAGACAUUCCCGUCGAGUAGCAUUCGCACGAGUGACACAAUGGGACAAAUAUUCCUCUCAAGUCCUAGUUCAACACGAGUGUGGUACGAAAUGCGGCUGCGUGUUGUGCGCAGUGGCUGGGGGCAGCAGCUCCGCGCCAAUGUUCCCUGCGGCCGGCGCACGCGCGAUGCAAGUUUAUGAAGUACAUCACUCGUUACUAAUUAUAAUAGACUUUAGUUCUUUUUUCUUCAAAUGGAUUUCUUAUAUUGGGAGGGAACAAACCUUAGAAACUAGCAGUGCAAGGUACUGGGUAUGUUAUUGGUAGGUGUAACGUGUUUUAUUGUAACACUGAUAGUGGGGCUUUCAUCUUACGUAGUUAUCUACAAAUAAUAAUAAUUGUAUGAAAUAAGUAUUUUACAAUGGUCAUUAAAUAUUUAAAACGAA